GGAUGUGAGGAGGGUAGGCGGACUGUAGCAGCAAUGCCUUGCAUUUCUUACAAUGCUGCCGCUGAAGUUGUUCCUCUUCCUCUGAAGAACAUCUCUUCUCACAAAAUCUGACCAACGACCCCUUCUGGUCACCUGGACCUGUUAGAGAAGCUUGAUCCUCAUCUCUGAGAUUGAGAGACUCCCACCCAUCCGGUCCGGCAGAAGGAGCAGAGACAACCCUAUACGGAACCUCAGCAACCAGCAGGUAAAUCAGCCACCUUCAUCCGUUCCUAGAAGGACACGCUGCUGUCCACCUACCAGGUCUGGGAGACCUCAGAAGGCCUUUACUGGAGGAUUUAGGUGUUUGAGAGCCUGAGUCUCUUAGACUAAUUUUAUAAAAUACUGGCAGUGUGAGGCAGGAGAACUCAAACCACACAGAACAAAUGGAACUUUGGGUGUCCUGACCCUCAAAUGAAAAGGAGCGCUGAUUGUCGAGUGUAUCAGUGUGUUAGCAUGUUAGAGGGUGUGUCAGGUUGGAUUAGCUGCGUGUCGCUGCUCAUUCAUUGUCACAGAGAUAUGUUUGAGAACACUGUCCUGUAACCUUCUACAGAGCUGAGCUCUUUGUUCUAACGCUGCUUCUGUCAAACCACGUAGGUGUCAAAAGCACUUGGCUUUGACUCGGGAGACAAACCAGAUUGUCUGAGAGGUGGCAGAACUGAGUUUAUCUUUGUGUACCCAGAAGGAGCUGCCAACUUUAAGCAUACCAAAAGGUGGAAGAAAUUCAGAUCAAUUCCAUGAAUAACAAAUGCGUAUGUUUGCAGUAUAAAAAGCAAGAAGAGACUAACAGAUUUGCCCACUGAUGUAUGUGUCAUUGCCAAUCGAUUUUGAAAGGAGUGGUGUAAAGGGACUAUUUUGUUUUCAUUCAGUUUGUGAAUCACCCAAUUACCUGGACAGGCAGGGAGGAAGCUGCAAAUGUAUUUAGGUUGAAGCGAAGUGUAGGAAGACUGGUGUUUUCCGUCAAUUCCUGAAUCAAAAGAUUUCAUUAGUAAUGAGUUUCUUGACCCAAACUAACGAGCUCUCUGACUAACUCACUAUGAAACUAACAACCUCCCAGAUUAACACACUGCAGAACUAUAAGAAGCUCUCUGAUUAACACUACAAAACUAACAGGCUACGUCACUAAGUGACUCCCAAACUAACAAGCUCUCUAGCUAACAGAUUCCCCAACAAACAAGCUCUCUGGCUAACAGACUCCUAAGCUAAAAAGCCCUCUGGUUAACAGAUUCCCCAACAAACAAGCCCUCUGGCUAACAGAUUCCCCAACAAACAAGCCCUCUGGCUAACAGAUUCCCCAACAAACAAGCCCUCUGGCUAACAGAUUCCCCAACAAACAAGUCCUCUGGCUAACAGAUUCCCAACAAACAAGCUCUCCGGCUAACAGACUCCUAAGUUAACAAGCUCUCUGGCUAGCAGAUUCCCAAAACCUUGCUCCCCAGUCAUCUUCCGAUGACACUGCCCUCUAUCCAUGUUUUAUUUAGUCUGAUUUUGCUCAGCCACACAGGAAAACACCUUUUCAAGACAACAUAAGAUGUAAUGGUUUUACUGUGUAUAAAUGAUGACAAUUCAACAUUCUAUUAUUUGGUUUUCUUUAUCUGAACUUACAUUGUGGUCAGUAUAAAGUAGUAGAUCAGGUCAGUAGAUCAGGAAAGCGUAGUAUAGAGUAGGAAAUACAGUGGCAUAGAGUAGUAAAAUUUUGCCGUAUAAGGCGACGAACAAUGUAAAAUCUUGAGUAAUAUGUCUGAGAAAUCACAUACCACAUAGGUUGGAGAAACAUGACCCUACAGUGCAGCUGUGACCUCUGACUGUUCUGUGGAAGAGUCACCCAUGACCUUGGUCCAAGGAGAGAAAGGCUGUGUAUUUGAUACCCCCCCCCCCGUUCCCCGCUACACAGUCCCAGCACAGCGCAGUCACACACCCCAGUUCCCAUGACAGCUCAAGGCACGUCUGCUUUACUGCAGCACUGCACACCCCAGCGUACAGCCAGGAUGCGGUGUUAAUGCAAUUCCACUUCAAACACGCUGCCUGGCAGGCUGUCCCGGGGCAGCGUUUGGAACGAGUCAGGCGCCUUUAUAAAUAUUUGCGACAGGGAUGGAUAGCGUAAGCACGAGCUCAUCGUGCCGGGCACAGCCUGUUAUGGUGAAGCCGGGACGGCGUCCCGUAGCACGUGGGAUUCUUUCGCGGAAUGGCCACCAAGCUAGGCGACGUGUGAGCAGAGCAUGCUGGGUUCUCAUAGGACGUGCCUUUAGGUUGGAGAGACACCUGAUGAACAGCGUUCAACACAUGGUCCUAUAGCCUAUAGGUGCAUGAAGAGUUUGUCUCUGUGUCGAUUGGAAAUAAUCUAACAGAUAAUCCUCUGUUGGUGACUGAGUAUACCGCAGUUCGAGCAAUAGAUAUAAAAGUAAAUAAACCUCAAAUACAGUAGUUAGAUGUGCUGUACUGUCACCGUAAACUUAAAUCUUUCAGAUGCUGGUCAUGUCCUGUGUCCUCAUUGCUGUAAGUGAGCAGUGUAAGAGUCCAGACCACUGCAAGAUGGCUCCAAACUCACACUUCCAAAGAUCUUUCAGCCUCCGGUAGCAGAUCAGCUUCUUAAGUCAUUUGAAUCUAAGAUAAACACCAAAGUUGGACUCAGACCCACAUCCACCACCUCCUCUACUGGCCCAAAGGUGCUGACCCACCGUCAUGGCUCCCUGUACUGGACAGUUUGUCCUCAGUGUGUUUCUAACCUGCUGCAUUGUUCCCUGUCCUUCACAUUCCCACAGCAAACAUCAGAAGGCAUGUGGGGCGGGGGGGCGGUCUCGCCCACUUCCUAGGGGAACCCGGGUUCCAGCUCCCUGUCAGGCUUUAUCCAAGGAAGGUGCGAGGCGUAAUGGGGGACUGGAGUCUUUUGGGGAACUUCCUUGAAGAAGUGCAGGAACACUCAACCUCCGUGGGCAAGGUCUGGCUCACCAUCCUCUUCAUCUUCCGCAUCCUGGUGCUGGGCACGGCGGCUGAGUCCUCCUGGGGCGACGAGCAGUCCGACUUCACGUGUGACACCAAGCAGCCGGGCUGCACCAACGUGUGCUACGACGCCGCCUUCCCCAUAGCCCACAUCCGCUACUGGGUGCUACAGAUCGUGUUCGUCUCCACGCCCUCGCUCAUCUACAUGGGACACGCCAUGCACGUGGUGCGCGCCGAGGAGAAGCGGCGGCAGCGGGAGGAAGACCACGGCGGAGCCGAGAAGGAGUACCUGGAGCAGAAGGAGGCCGAGAAAACCAAGGGCAGAAUCCGCCUAAGGGGGGCGCUGUUGCACACGUACGUGCUCAGCAUCCUGAUUCGCACCGUCAUGGAGGUGGCCUUCAUCGUUGGCCAGUACAUGAUCUAUGGCGUCUUCCUCAAAGCCUUGUACACGUGCAAGACACAGCCGUGCCCCAACACGGUCAACUGCUACGUGUCACGGCCCACAGAGAAGAACAUCUUCAUCGUGUUCAUGCUAUCGGUGGCCGCGGUCUCCCUGCUUCUCAGUGUGGUCGAGCUCUACCACCUGGGCUGGAAGGCUUUCAAGCGGUGUGUGAAGGCCUACGCUGCCGCCCACGCCCUGGAGGUCCAGCCGGCUGCCAUGACGUUAGCCAGCCACGAGCCCGGCACGCCAAGGACCACCGACUCGUGCACCCCACCCCCCGACUUCAACCAAUGCCUGUCGACAGCACCCCCCCACCCGCACACCAGCUGCCAGCCCUUCAGCAACAGGAUGGCUCACCAGCAGAACUCGGCCAACUUGGCCACCGAGCGUGAUCGCACCCAUGACCCCCCGUGGGAGGAGGACUUCCUGCAGUUGAGCUAUGACCCAGACAGCGAGGCUCCAUGCGGCCUCCUCAAGGGGAAAGGCUGCCCAAGCAAGGCCAGUGACUCCAGUGGGCGGGCACGACCAAGUGACCUGGCAGUAUAGACCCCAAUGGGUGGGACUAACAGGCCUACAAAGAUGAAGGACCUGACAACUGGAUAGGGAAUUCUGGGACACCAACAGGCAUUUUUCUUUACUUCCCUUGUAUCUGAUUACAUCAGUAGUUUUGACCAUUUGGACAUGUUUACAUUUAUUAAGGCCCUGGACUAAAUGCUACUGACUGCAUUUCCAGGGGGCCAUUCUGUUGUAUCCUUGAGUGAGGUACUGAACUUGAACCACUCCAAUAAGACCCAGCUAUUCAAGUGGGUAAAAAAGUUUUUCUGGAUGCAAGUGCCGUCUUGGAAGAAAAAUAUCAAGUUAGGACUAUAUAAGGCAGUGCAGAAACAAUAUUUUGAUACAGGGGAAAUAGGUUUGUUUUGAUACUGUGUGACACCUUGAAAACUUGAACGAUAUUUAUGAUGUACAAUAAGCAAUCUCAAUAUUUAUAAUAUGAAGAUUAAACUUUGAUCAUGAAAGUUCA